AUGGACUUCGCCAAGCUCAUGUCCGCGCAGAUCGAAAAGAGCAAAUCCUCCUCGACAUCGGGCGACUCAUCCAAAAAGUACCUGAAGCGCUCCGAGGUCGAAGCCCAGCGUCAAGAGGCUUACCUUGCCGAACAGAAGAAAGCCGAACAAGAACGUCUAGAAAAGCUCGACAAGAAGCGCAAGCUCGAGGAGGAAGAACAGGAGCGCGAGCGCGAGCGCCAGGAGAAGAAGCGCCGCCUGGCCCAGCAGUCGCGAAAGCUGCGCGAGGAGGAAGAAGAGGCCGCGGAGCGCGAGCGCCGAAAGCGUCUGGGUCUGCCUGAAUUGCCGCCGAAGGGCAAAGAGAGCGAUAAGGAGGAAACACCGUUGCCCGAUGGAGAAGAAGACAUACCCGAUGACGAGCUGGUCGAGAAGCUGCGUGCGCUGGAAGAACCCGCACGACUGUUUGGAGAGACACACAGGCAGCGCUUGAAGCGCUACAAGCGGGUCAGCGGCCAGUCCGCAGCCGCUAAGCUUUACGAUGGUCCUAUUCCGACUGCCUUGGAGCCCGUACCUGGAGGAGAUAUGCUGGUGCCGGGCGCACUGCCAAAGGAUGAUGCGGGCAAGAAAUUCCUUGCGCGACAGCUUGGAUCGUACUUCAACAUGGUGUUGCGGGAGUGGGAAGUUGCGCUGGCUCAGCGUGAAGACGAAGUCAAGACCAGUUUCCAGGGAAAGCAGGCAUACAACGCCAUGGUCCAGGCUAAGGAGAAUCUGCGGCCACUGUUCAGAAAGCUUGAGAAGGAUGAAGUUGAAGACAGUGUGCUGGAGGCAGUCGUUGAGAUUGUCAAGGCAGCACAAGAGAGACGUUAUGUGGACGCCAACGAUGGUUAUCUCCGUCUCAGUAUCGGCAAAGCUGCUUGGCCCAUUGGUGUUACCAUGGUUGGUAUCCACGAGCGUUCAGCACGAGAGAAGCUACACGAGAGCGACAAGGCAACGGCGCAUAUUAUGAGUGACGAAACGACAAGAAAAUACCUGCAGAGCAUCAAGCGAUGCUUGAGCUUUGCGCAGACAAGGUGGCCACCGCAUGACCAGCUGCAGCUUAUGGGCUGA